CGCGCGUGCUCAGUCAGUUGCAAAUUCGAAACGGAAACGCGCGUGUUCGUCGCAAUCGAAUUCGAUCAAGUAUUUGGAUUUUGAAUUGGUUUCGGCUUCGGAUUUUUGUCGAGUUCUGAAUCACUUGGAGUGACACACAUCCAGCAAGGUCGCGGACUACCGAGUUAUUGCGAAUCCAAACACACAACAUGGAAGGCCAGGCCAAGCAAGCGUACUUCGUCAAUGAGGCGUUCAGUCACGAAGAGCCCUCCCAGGGCCUGGAUAAUCUGCAUCGCCGGAAGAGUGCUGGCAACAAAGAACUCCAGCUGGACUUGAAUGGCUUCAAGAAGAGUCAGGAUGGAAUGGGAAGUGGUGCAGGUGGUGGCGGUGGCGGCGGAGGUGAUCCUCCCAAUCUGGACUUUGAUGACAUCCUCCCCAUGAUCGGGGAGUUUGGAAAAUAUCAGAAGAUCCUGUUCAUCUGUAUGAUUCCCUUCUCGUUCUUCGUUGCCUUUGUGUACUUCUCGCAAAUCUUCCUAACCCUGAUACCCGAACAGCAUUGGUGCCAUGUCUCAGAAUUGGAUGGGUUGGAUGUGGAGGCCAGACUCGCACUUUCCAUACCCAUGGUUAAUGGGGAGUACAACAAUUGUUACAUGUACGACGUCAACUACACGGAGGUACUGGCCCAGGGCAAGGUGAUGGCCGACCCGGCCUGGCCGCGGGUGAAGUGCCGCCACGGCUGGUCCUACAACUUUACGGAGAUCCCCUACUCGACGGUGGCUACUGAGCAGAACUGGGUCUGCGACGACGCCGCCCUGCCCACCUACGCCCAGUCGAUCUUCUUCCUGGGCGCCAUCGUGGGGGGCCUGCUCUUCGGCUGGGUGGCGGACCGCUUCGGUCGGAUUCCGGCUCUGAUUGGUACCAACAUGAUGGGACUGUUUGCCGGUAUCGGCACAGCUUUUGUUAACAACUUCUGGGAGUUUGCCGCCAUGAGGUUCUUCGUGGGAUUCGCGUUCGACAAUUGCUUCACCAUGAUGUACAUUCUGGUUUUGGAAUAUGUGGGUCCCAAGUACCGCACCUUUGUGGCCAACAUGUCGAUAGCCAUUUUCUUCACAGGAGCCGCCUGUCUGCUACCCUGGAUUGCCUACUUUGUGGCCGACUGGAAGAUCCUGGCCAUAAUCACAUCCGCUCCACUGUUGCUGGUCAUAUUCACUCCAGUGAUUGUGCCGGAAUCUGCUCGUUGGCUGGUUUCCCAGGGCAAGGUGGAUAAAGCCAUUGGAAUUCUCAAGAAACUGGAGCACCGAAAUGGCCGCAAUGUGUCUCCUCAGACUUACCAGGACUUCGCCAACAGCUGUCGCAGGAUGCAGGAGCAGGAGGAGCAGAACGGAAGCUACUCCGUUUUGGAUCUGUUCAAGUCGCCUCGUUUAAGGAGGACCACGUUGCUGCUGAUUGUGAUCUGGAUGGCCAUAUCGCUGGUUUUCGAUGGACAUGUGCGGAAUGUGGGCUCCCUGGGUCUGGACAUUUUCUUCACUUUUACGGUGGCCAGCUUUACGGAGCUGCCGGCGGAUACCCUUCUGACAGUGACCUUGGAUCGUUUUGGACGUCGUUGGCUGGCCUGUGGAUCUAUGGUAGCCAGUGGAAUCUUCAGUCUGCUGGCCACUGUGGUGCCCGUGGGAGUUUACUCCGCGGCCUUGGCUAUAAUGGGUCGAUUUUUCGUAAACAUCAGUUAUAACAUUGGACUCCAGUGGGCUGCGGAGGUGCUGCCCACCGUGGUCAGAGCCCAGGCGGUGGCCUUCAUCCACAUCAUGGGUUACGUGGCCAGUAUUAUAGCUCCGUUUGUGGUCUACUUGUCCAACAUCUCCACUUCCCUGCCCCUGAUAAUCCUGGGACUCUUGGGCAUUCUGGGUGGUCUGUUGUCGCUCCUCCUGCCGGAAACCCUUAAUCACGAUCUGCCCCAAACACUGUCAGAUGGCGAGGAGUUCGGACGCGGCCAGAGUAUCUGGGACUUCCCCUGUCUGGCCAAAAAGGUCGAUGACGAGGAGGAUGAGAAGAGGAAUGCGGAUGUGGAGGAAGUGCGAUCGCAAGCUUUUGUGAGGGGAACCCAGACGGGAGCUUCUCUGAAUGCCUCCACAGGAGGGGAACUCCGUUCCAGUAUCCUGCGGCGAUCCAUAAAGUCACGAAACUCGACGAAGCUGUAAACAAUACUUUCCACUUAUUACUAGGUAGCUAAUUUUUUCUAGCAGCCAAUAACACGUAGCUCCGCCUUGCAUUUUUAGCACCAACUAGCCUCUAAGUGUCUUUGUAGACUUUUGUGAUACUAGAAAUAGGAAAAUCUCCAUGAGCCUAUCCACGAAACCAAUCUAACGAUCUAUUAGUAUCAAAAUUCUUCUCAUCAAAGGUUUGCCAAAUAAUAAAUAAUAGAAAUGAUUCAAAUCAUUGCGACUUAUGCGUAAAUAUAUGUAUUAACAAAUAGUAGUAGAUAAAAUUAAAAUGGAAUAAAUAAAGGAUCUCGAUUUUUUCCUUA